AUGAGUGCGCGCACGAGAAGCCCCGAAUUGAACAUAACAGAACUGGAUUUCGAGUUUCACUACUUUCUUAAGAAUAUAAGCUGCAGGGCCGUGAUGAGGCUCCCAUAUUCAUAUCGCUGCAAGAUGGCCACCCAAGCCGACGACUGCCAACGAAUCAUAAACUUCUUCAACUACUUCAGGAUGAUGUAUUGCUCAAUUGACAUUGAUGACAAAACAACAGAGGUCCUGUUCAUGUUCCUGUUUGCGUUCAUUUGUGUGGCCUUCCUGUGGCUGAUGUCCUUUAACAUCAGUACUUACUUUUCCCCCAUACUAAAGAUAAUCUCGUUGAAGUUGCACAUGAAUGAGUACCUGGCAGGUGUAACAUUCCUGGCAUUCGGAAACUGUAGUCCUGAAAUAAUUGCCAACCUGAUGCCCGUGAGAGCCGAUGCACCGAUCUUCACCAUAACUGUGGGUAAUACCCUGGCCAUCAUACUUCUGAGUGGCGGUGCGGUGUGUUUUCUGAGACCUUUCAAAAUGAACGGACCUUGCACCCUGCGAGAUCUAUUGUUUCUGCUGCUAGGUGUGGAGGUCCUUCGAUUCGUGAUGAUCAAGGAGGGAGCGGUGACCAUCUGGGAAGGUAUCGUGCUUUUUUCCAUUUACGUACUCUAUGUGGGAAUCAACAUAGCCGAUGUUGUACUAUUGCGUUUUCACAUCAGGAAGCUUCGAAAAGAAGUGGAAAAUCUAGCGAGUUUAACUCCUCCACCGAAGCAAGAGCUAGCGGCAAAACUGCAGAAACUGACUUUAUGGGAAGAGGAGGAUGAUAUUCGGAUCCAUGACACAGCGAAGUACCGCCCGUCCAGGGAAUCCGGUCGCCACUUCUCCGAUCCCGUCUACUUCGUCACCCCCAGACCCGCAGAACGACCCGAGGCAGUCGACUAUGAUGCCAAUCGCACUAACCUGCACAAUUCGGAGAACCCCAAAAACCUUUUGCUCUUCACGGAGCUCAUCCAGUCCCUCAAUCCCAUUGAUGGGGAGGCCUGGCAGUUGGGCGGCAGGUGCAAUCGCAUAUACCUCAUCGUCAGGUGCCCCCUGGUAUUCGUACUGCUGCUGUUCAUUCCCGUGGUGGACUACGAGAAGGACAAGCACGGCUGGAGUAAGCUGCUCAACUGCACGCAGAUUGUGACCAAUCCGUUUGUGUUCAUUACCCUGGUGCACUCUGCGGUGACCAGUGAGUACCACACCUGGUACAUAACCCUCGACUUCAGCAUCUCGAUGUGGUCCCCGUGUCUGACCAUCCCCCUGGCCAUUGUGAUCUUUUGGCAUUCUCGGACGGAUGUGCCGCCCCUUUUUGUUAUCCUGACCUUUUUCAGCUCCAUGGUCACCAUUUGGUUUACCGUCACCGAAGUGGAAGUUCUCUCCGAGAUCGUAAGCAUUGUGUUUAAUCUAUCCGAGACCUUUAUGGCGGUCACCUUUGAGGCCGUUUCGAAUGCCACCCCGGAUAUUAUAGCCAAUUCCCAGCUUGCUAUGCAGGGUUACGGGCGGAUGACCUUUGCCGCCAUUAUUGGUGGUCCAGUUUUUGCGAUUUUGGUCAGCAUGAGCUUGGCCUUCAUUUUCAAUCACAGAGUUCGCGAGGCAGGCGCCAAUUUGUGGGUGUACGGCGAUCAAGGCGAGAACUGCUACAUAUUCCUGGUAAUAACCAUUGUGACCACAUUGUGGUGGUGCCUUACCUUCAACUUCUACGCCCGUCGAUCAGCCGGAGUGUUCCUGUGGCUUAUUUACUUGCUGUUCCUUGUCUAUGCAGUUUGUGUGGAGUGGGAUGUGGUGCAUGAAUUUUCUAGAGAUCAAUAUAUUGAACCAAUAUGA